AGGGUUUUUUAUAUAUAAGAUGAUGUCAUCUGCAAACAGUUUAACUUCUUCCUUUCUGAUUUGCAUGCCUUUUACUUUUUUCUCUUGCCUAAUUGCUCUGCCUAGGACUUCCACUACUAUGUAGAACAGAAGUAGUAAAAGUGGGCUCUUUCUGCUGCUCCCCAGCUCUCGGAUACAGCCGACACCAUGGGUUUCGGAGACCUGAAAAGCCCCGCCGGCCUCCAGGUGCUCAACGAUUACCUGGCGGACAAGAGCUACAUCAAGGGGUAUGUGCCAUCACAAGCAGAUGUGGCAGUAUUUGAAGCCGUGUCCAGCCCACCGCCUGCCGACUUGUGUCAUGCCCUACGUUGGUAUAAUCACAUCAAGUCUUACGAAAAGGAAAAGGCCAGCCUGCCAGGAGUGAAGAAAGCUUUGGGCAAGUAUGGUCCUGCCGAUGUGGAAGACACUACAGGAAGUGGAGCUACAGAUAGUAAAGAUGAUGAUGACAUUGACCUCUUUGGAUCUGAUGAUGAGGAGGAAAGUGAAGAAGCAAAGAGGCUAAGGGAAGAACGUCUUGCACAAUAUGAAUCAAAGAAAGCCAAAAAACCUGCACUUGUUGCCAAGUCUUCCAUCUUACUAGAUGUGAAACCUUGGGAUGAUGAGACAGAUAUGGCGAAAUUAGAGGAGCGCGUCAGAAGCAUUCAAGCAGACGGCUUAGUCUGGGGCUCAUCUAAACUAGUUCCAGUGGGAUACGGAAUUAAGAAACUUCAAAUACAGUGUGUAGUUGAAGAUGAUAAAGUCGGAACAGAUAUGCUGGAGGAGCAGAUCACUGCUUUUGAGGACUAUGUGCAGUCCAUGGAUGUGGCUGCUUUCAACAAGAUCUAAAAUCCAUCCUGGAUCAUGGCAUUUAAAUAAAAGCUUGAAAGAUUAAAAAAAAAAAAAAAAGAAGUAGUAAAAGUGGGCAUCCUUAUCUUGUUCCCAAUCUUAGAUGAAAAGCUUUCUGCUUUUCACUGUUGUGUAUGAUGUUAGCUGUGGGCUUGUCAUACAUGGCCUUUAUUGUGUUGAGGUACUUUCCUUCCAUAUCUAAUUUGUUGAGGGGUUUUUAUCAUGAAAGGAUAUUGAAUUUUGUCAAAUGCUUUUUCUGCAUCUAUUGAGAUUAUCAUAUGAUUUUUAUCUUUCAUUCUGUUAAUGUGGUGUAUCACAUUUACUAGUUUGCAUAUGUUGAAACAUUCUUAUAUACCAGGGAUAAAUCCCAUUUGAUUAUGAUGUAUGAUUCUUGUAAUGCCCUGUUAAAUUCAGUUUGCUAGUAGUAUUUUAUUGGGGAUUUUUGCAUCUGUGUUCAUCAGGGAUACUGGCCUAUAAUUUUAUUUUCUUGUAGCAUCCUUAUCUGGCUUUAAUAUCAGGUUAAUGCUGGCCUCAUAAAAUGAAUUAUCAUCUUUACAAUGAGAAUUAAUAUUGUUAAAGUAUCCAUACUCCCCAAAGCAAUCUAUGGAUUCAAUGUCAUUCCUAUCAAAAUUCCAAUGGCAUUUUUCACAGAAAUAGAAAAAGCAAUCCUAAAACUUGUAUGGAACCACAACAAAAGACCCCAAAUAGCCAAAGUAAUCUUAAGAAAGAACAAAGCUGGAGGCAUCACACUCCCUGAUUUCAAACUGUAUUACAAAACUAUGGUAAUCAAAACAAUAUGGUACUGGCAUAAAAACAGAUACAAAGACCAGUGGAACAGAAUAGAGAACCCAGAAAUAAACCCUUGCAUACAUGGUCAACUGAUCUUUGACAAGAGGGUCAAGAACUCACAACAGGGAAAGAAAAGUCUCCUCAAUAAAUGGUACUGGGAAAACUAGAUAUCCACAUAUGAAAGAAUAAAAUUAAAUCCUUGUCUCAUACUAUAUACAAAAAUUAACUCAAAAUGGAUCUAAAACUUAAAUGUAAGACUGGAAACCAUAAACUCCUAGAAGAAAAUAUAGGGAAAAAAAGCUCCCUGACAUUGGUCUUGGCAAUAAUUUUUUUAGAUAUGACACCAAAAGCACAGGCAACAACAGCAAAAAUAAAUAAGUAGGACUGCAACAAACUAAAAAGAAAGCAAUUAACAAAACAAAAAGACAACCUACAAAAUGAGAGAAAAUAUGUGCAAACCAUAUUAUCUGAUAAGGGGUUAAUAUCUGAAACAUAUAAGAAACCCACACAACUCAAUAGCACAAAAACAAACAACCAGAUUAAAAAAUGGCCUGUAAUCCCAGCCACUCAGGAGGCUAAUGUGGGAGGAUCACUUGAGGCCAGGAGUUCAAGACCAGCCUGGGCAACACAGCAAGACCCUGCUUUUAAAAAAGAAAUUAGGGCGGCUAUGGUGAGUGGAUCACUCGAGCUCUGGAGUUCAAGACCAGCCUGGGCAACAUGGCAAAACCCCACCUUUAAAAAAAAUUAGAGGGGCAUGGUGGUGCACGCCUAUGCCUGUAGUCCCAGCUACUGGGGUGGCUGAGGUGGGAGGAUCUCCUGAGCCUGGGAGGUUGAGACUGCAGUGAGCCCUGACUGUGCCACUAUACUCCAGCCUGGGCCAGAAGUGAGGCCGUCUCAAAAAAAAAAAAAAAA